AUGGACCGGAUCUCGAAAGGCGAGAGGCUUUUGGGUGAGGACAACUGGAAUCAUGCCCAUGGCUCCAUGGAUAACAAAACUUGGUUCCUUCUCCAUCAGCCCCCUCGACUUCACCAUCUCCAUCACUCUCAGCCUCGGCAUCAUUCUCUUCUCCACACUAUACAUCAAAAGGGAAGGCGACCCCACCAGAAUCGACCUGUCAAACCCGACAGUCCUCAUCAAGAACUCGACCCCACGCCUCAGCUUCCCCUCAGAUGUCUUGAAAAGAAUAGGCUUCUUCAAGAAAAUCGAAUCACACUCGUCCCUCAUGAACCCAAGCUCCCGAAACAACUCAAACUUUCUCCCAAGAGUCUUCGAAUUAUUGCUGUAGAGGACUACGACACCAUAGAUCAGCAUCUUCGAGCCCGUCUUGAAGCCCAUCUCGAAAGCCCGCUCGAUUUUCAGAAACAUGAUCAGUUGAGAGCUCAAGACUCCACAGCUCCUCAGGUAGGCUAUAUUGGAUUCCAGGCUCGACCCAUUCAUGACGAUAAAGCCGCACCUCAAGAGUAUGCGGAAGAGGAGAAGGCUGCCGGUCAGGAAGCCAGGGUUCUUGGAGAUGAGAACUGGCAGGUGGGGCCCGUGCAAGCCCAGUUCUUGAUAGAAGUCGAUUUUGGGCUUGAGAUUCUUAUUGACAUCCAAGAAUAG